UCGCGUGUAUCCGAACAUAAAAAUACAAAUCAUAUGUUUAUAUGUAGGUUACUCUUUAGUUUAUGGUUUGAUUGGGUGUUGAUUACGAGCUCGGAGGACGCGGAAUGCUGCUUCAUAGUUUAUGUUGUUAGUUCUAAUUUGUGUGUGUUAUAAAAGAUUCAUCUAAAAGAUGGCGCCAAUGCGUGGCGAGCGCGGAGGCUCACCUGCGCGCGCGGCCCGCGCCUCCCUGCCCCUCCCGCGCCGCCUCAUCCGACAGAUCGCGCGACACGUGGCGUCUAGCGGGCGCAGUCUGCGGCGGCUCGAAGUCUCCGGGAGGGUUAUAGACAACUUCGACGAUAUAGAGGACGCCAGCGACAGUGAUCAUGAAGUUUCACAGCCGGCAGUGGCGUGCGGCGGGAACGCCGGCAACCUGCCCCCCGCGGACCACGACGACGACCUCACCAGCCUGAGCUGGCUGCAAGACAGGAACCUGCUUAGGGGUAUAAAUCUAACUAAAGGCGACGUCGAAGACACAAAAAUGAUCGGAAGUCAAGUCAUAAUAAAGACGGAAUCAACGACGCCACCCCCCGCGCCCCGCGCGUCCCCCCCGCGCACGCCGGUGAAGGCCCCGCCCUCCCCCGCGCCCGCGCCCGCGCACAGCAAGCCCCCCUACUCGUUCUCGUGCCUCAUCUUCAUGGCGAUAGAGGCGGCGCCGGCGCGAGCCCUGCCCGUCAAGGAGAUAUACGCGUGGAUCGUGCGGCACUUCCCCUACUUCCGACACGCGCCGCAGGGCUGGAAGAACAGCGUGCGGCAUAAUCUGUCGCUCAACAAGUGCUUCCACAAGGUGGCAGCUGCUCCAGGUCUCGGCAAGGGCUCCCUUUGGACAGUCGACCCUCAGCAUCGGUCUACACUAUUACAGGCGUUCGGGCGACAGCCCAUCCCGGCGCCUUGCGAGGCGGAGACGGAGUCCGCGGCGGAGUCGCCGGCGGCGGCGGCGGCCAAGAACUCGCCCGACCCCGCGCUGUUCCCGUUCCUGGCGCGCCGCCUCGCGCGCCCGCGCCCCGAGCCCGGCGCCGACGAGUACCUGGCCGCCGCCACCGUGCUCGCCAUGAAGUACGGCCCGGCCGUGCUCGACCAGCUGCCGCCAGCGGCGCACCACCUGGUGAUCUCUCGCUGCGCACGCGACGAGCACUCGUACUCGGGCGGCGGCGAGGAGCGCCGCACCGCCGAGGCGCUGCUCAACCUGGCCGGCGUCUGUCCCGAGCCCGCCAGCUAGCAACGGUGUCCACUCUAGACAAGUGCGACCGACAUGUUCGAGAGGUACGUUGCCGCCAUCACUGCUUCUGUUGCACGGUUAUGUACCGAGCGUUUUCUUUGCGAACAUUUAUUUAUAAAGUGAAACAUUAGACCAUUGAGUUUUAAAAAGUGGCAGCUCUUAUGUUCGAUCGAUUUGAUCAAACGAAAUCGUAUGUGUAAAAUAGUAUAGAUCAAGUGUAACGUUAUGAAACACUUCAUGAAAUUAUGAUACAUGGAUUCGUGAAGUUUUAUAAACUAAAGCGGUUUUUAAGUAUUUAAUAAUUUAAUUUGUAAAGUCGGCAUGCGUCUGUUACUGUGUUAAAGCAAUUUAAUUAUGUUACUGCUCAAUCGCUUCUAGCAAUGGGAAUCUAAUAAUAAGUGUUUGUAAAGUUUCUCAAAGAAAUGCGCUAGGGCCUAGCUCAGAUCAAGCGGCGACCAAUGAAUCGUUGGCAUAAGUUCGUAGAACUAUAAUAUUUAAAUAGCGUCUACUGUGACGGUUAUAGAUAAAAAUGUUUACCAUUCUCUAGUCCAUUAAAGACAAAUCAUAUUUUAGAGCUCGCCCUGUGUUGUUCAUACUUGGAUAAUAUUUAAGGGAUAAUAGCUCACUCAUUAGUUAGGACCUCUAUUUUUCCAUUCAAAAAGCUCUGUAAUACAUACAUCACAUAACACUAAUACAAUUUAUUUCUCAUCACACUUGCUCGUAAAAGCUGUUAAUACACUUAUUACACGUAGGCGAUGCGGUCUGUAAAUCCUAAAUUUCCAUCUAGGGAUGUAAUGUAUUUUUACACUACAUAUGGUGCUACUUUACAGCCCUAGGGCGGGAUUAAGGACAAUACGUGCCUAUGUAAAAAAUUUAAAAGGCCAUAUGUACUGUAAAACGUUCUACAAUACACGUGCGAAAAGGUAAUUAAAUUUCCUACUUUUCGCACUUGUAUCGUAAUGUACUGUUUCAUCACACUUGCUAGGCGAUGCGGUCGGUAAAUCCUAAAUUUCGACCUAAGCCUGUAACGUACUUCCGAAAUUAGACAGAAAUUUUUUUUUUUCCUCACAAGUGUGAUGAAAAAAUUGUGUGUGCCACGGGCGAUGCAGGAAUUUCGAACUCGUGUUAAUUAAGCCUUCGGCUUCGGGCUUCAAUUCACAUUCGUUCGUAGAUUCUUAUGUACCGCCCAUAGUACACAAUGUACUAUUACGAUACUCAAAUACAGCUCUAUAACAACCAUAGUACCAAUACCAGGCCGCGUAGCCAAGAUGCCAAUCGCUUACGCUCCGUAGCGAUCGAAACGCAACUGUCACUGUCACACUAAUAUGGAAGAGUGAUAGAGAGACAUAAUGCUUUUCGUUGUCGAAGCGAUAGCGAUUGUAACCUUGGCUAGGCCGGCAGGCUGUAAAGAGAAUGGAAAAUAGUACUAGGACCCAUGCAUUUAGAUAUUCUCCUUAUACAUUUUAAUUACUCAUUCUUAAUCGUAAGAAAAUGUUAUUAUAUGAUAAUUGAAGGUAGUCCUAGUGUUACCACAUUUCCGUCUAUUUUACAUGUAUUUUGUUGAAUGCCAAAUGUUGCCAGUAUGUACGGAAAUGUGAUAAUCUAUAUACUUAAGUUUUAAAAUUGCAUUCUAUUUAUUUAGCUUAUCUGCUGUUUUAUUUAUAAUUUAUUAGCUGAAUUAAUUUAAGGAUAUUUAAUAUUUAUUUAAAUAUUGAGCAAUAGGGUAAUAUUUUGAUAUACGUUAUCUUUUGUGAUUUCUUAAUAGGUUUUAACUAUUAUGUAUCCGUCUGUAAUAACAUUAAACAUGGCUGUCAUUUGUGGGGUUCACAACCUUUACAUAAAUGUGUAAAUAAACUGAAAUAGUGCAAUAGCCUUCAGAAUCACUCACUAAUAAAGUAAAAAUAAAUAUUUUAAUUGCAUAUUGACUUGCUAUAUUGAUGGUCUCACAUUUUGCAAAAAAUAUCAAAAUAUUUAGAACUUUUAGUAUAAAGGACACUUACGUAGUUCGAAUAAUUAUUGUACAUAUUUUCCGGCUCCUUUUUAACGCCAAGUGCAUUUACCUCAGUCCCUCAAAAGGGGCAUCCAUUAAUUACGUGAGGUGUGGAGUGUGGAGGGAGGGGAUCAAGCCGAAUAUCACGUGGGGGAGAUCGCCAAAUAUCACGACAUCGCACCAGAGGGGGAGGGAAGGUCAAAUAAUUCCUCCAAAUUAUAACGCAAUCAAUGGACGCCCCCAAAGAGCAUAUAGUUCAAAAGUAAUCUGUAAAUUUGUACGAAAACGAGCGAAAGCGAAGUCUCUCUGACCUUCGCUUUCGCUCGGUCAAUAACGACAUCUUUCAGUAAUUAUUUUGUUUCGGAAAUAAUUGUCGUAAAGAUUCUUGAUGUAUCUAAAAAUGUUACAGAGCAUAUAGUAACAGAUCUAAAGUGCCUACUAGUGCUUCUAAUCUAUCUUACUAUUAGUGGUAUGAGAGAGUGAGAUGGGCAAUGUUUCCGAUGAAAUGUAUACAUAACAGCAUCUUCUAUCCUUUCCACACUUUGGCCUGUUGACAGUAACAAAUGCUACUUUAUGCUGUUUCGGAAAUAUUUAAUAAUAUUCGCUAAUUUAGUUCAUUUUAAUACAUAUAAUUUACAUAUUCAUGUAUAUUUACUCGUAUACAUUUCAUCGGUAACAUAUAGGAUGAUAAGAAUACACACACCAACUAGGGUAUAUGUGAUAAUAAUAACGGCAGUUUAGGCUAAAAUGGUAUCAUUUAAUACAUGAAAACGGGUCACUCACGUAUUUUACGACGAAGAUGGGUUCCGCUCGCACAGUGGCAUUGACCGUCGGCAUCAUGGGCGGUAUAACAAUAUAAUUACGCGCGUGCGAUAGAGAUAGGAAUAUGCGGGUCAAUGUACCAAAUUCUUCUUGCUUAGCGUCAUUACUUUAGCUGAAAACUGUUUUGGGUACCACGUCGGUGGUCAGUGUGGACGAACCUCUAGCGAAUGACGUAGUGAGUGUUGUGUGCAACCCAUUUGAUAAUAAUGCCUUGAACGAGGGUAGUUUCUCACAGCCCGACGUCUGCGUCGGUCCGCCAACGCGUUCUCCCGCUGAAGCGCCUCGUUAUGGACCGAAACAUGGAGACCAAUAUUCGACUUACAAUACAUGAGGGACCCGUUUUAAUAUAUUGAAUAUGUCUGUCUCGCGGAGGUUUUGUUAUGAUACUAUUUCACUUGGGCUCACACACAUCGCCAGUCGGUAUGCAAAUGUGUCGUUCUCAGAAAAAGGUACUAUUUUGUCGAUUGUCAAUUAGGCGGAAAUA